GUUGUUUUGGCAGCAUCGAUAUGUACAAAAGGCGGAAAAGCUGUGAUCUCUCGUCAAUUUCGCGAAAUGCCACGCGCUAGAAUAGAAGGUCUUCUUGCAUCUUUUCCUAAGUUGACGAGCGCUGGACAGCAGCAUACUACAAUUGAGACUGAACAUGUUCGUUAUGUUUAUCAGCCUCUUGAUGAACUUUACAUGGUUCUUAUUACCAAUCGUCAAUCCAAUAUCUUGCAAGAUAUUGAUACCUUACAUUUAUUUGCUCGUGUGGUAUCUGAUGUUUGCCGAUCGAAUGACGAAAGAGAAAUUUUGAGAAAUAGCUUUGAGUUAUUGAGUACUUUUGAUGAAAUUGUUUCAUUAGGUUAUCGAGAAAAUGUUAAUUUGGCACAAGUCAAGAGCAUCACAGAAAUGGAAAGUCAUGAAGAGAAGAUUCAAGAAAUAAUAGCAAGAAAUAAAGAACAAGAAGCUAAGGAAGAGCUCAAGAGAAGGGCUAAGCAAUUGGAAAUGCAGAAAAAGGAAAUGCUUAAACGUGGUGGUGGUACAUCUUUUGGAAGUAGCUUCGUUCAAUCAAUUAAUAGACCCUCUUCAUAUGCUGAACCGCAAGUUCAAACGACUUUCGAUGAUAGUAUACGUUCAUCAUAUAGUAGGUAUGAUAUCGAUUCACCCACUCCACCUUCAUCUAAAACUAAGGGUAUGCAGCUUGGACGUAAACAGAAGGGUGCUGAUUUAUUCGAAGCUGUUAAAAAUGAAGUUGGUUUUGAAGAAGUUACUGAGAAGCAGCCCAAUGUCAGGACGUCGACUUCUAUUUCAAAAGUUCACAUAGAAAGUGUACACGUUACAAUCAUGGAAAAGAUUUCUUUGCAAGCUAACAGAGAUGGAGGUUUAGAAAGCUUGGAGGUUAAAGGUGACCUAGAGUUAACUAUUUCCGAUCCAAACUUGACAAAAAUUAAGAUGUCUGUUCGUGCUGAUGAUGAGAGUGCAGUGCAAUUUAAGACUCAUCCUUAUGUCGAUAAGAAGCUAUUUUCAAGUGAUAGCAUUAUUGCUUUGAAGAAUUCCACCAAAGGAUUUCCUGUCAACCAACCAUUAGGUGUACUAAGAUGGCGUUAUAUUACUAAAGACGAAACUGUAAUUCCAUUAUCAAUAAAUUGUUGGCCUUCUCCGUCUGGUGAUGGAACAUUCGAUGUUAAUAUCGAAUAUGAAUUAGAGAAUGAUGAACAAGAAUUUAAAGACGUAUUAAUAUCUAUUCCUUUACCUUCUGGAGGAAAUCCUGUUGUUGGUGACGUGGAUGGUCAUUAUGAAGUAAAUCGUCAAGCAAGAACUUUAGACUGGCAGUUGCCUAUUAUUGACGCUUCUAAUAAGCAAGGCUCUUUAGAGUUUAAUAUUGCGGGUGAUGAUGUAAACGCUUUUUUCCCUGUUAGAGUGUCAUUUAUUAGCGAAAAAAUGUUUUGUGAUGUAGACGUAAGUGCUUUGGAAGUAACUCUUAUUGAAACGGGUGCACCUGUGACUUUUUCCAAAGAAAAGCUUUUAACAGCUGAAGAAUAUAAUGUUGUGUAA